ACCCAAAACUGGCAAAUUUCAUUAAAGUUGGGAUUAUUAUGCGUCACAGUGAAAAGUGGGAUUAUUUUUGAAAGACCAGGUAAAGUUGGGAUUAUUUUGGGUAAUUUUUCCUUAAAUAAAAACAAAAAGUUUUGGACCUUGAGGCUUGAGCUGCUGAGCCAUGGCCUCCAUUACUCCCACACCUCUCAUUUUUCAGAAUCUCGUACGAGUCUCCUCCGCCGCCGCUUUCCCGACGAGGAAUCCUCGCCGCCAGCAUCUCAGUUAUCUCCGGCGAACGCCUCAUGCAUCUGCAAUUUCUGCGGCGUCUCCGGCGGUUUCCAAGCCCGACGUCCUCGUCCAUUCCCUUCUCUCUAAAGUUUUGGAGUCGGAUAGAGGAGUUCUGCUGGCCAGAGAAGAUCACAUAAAGGUGGCGGAGAUGGUUCGUGAAUUGGAGCGCUUCUGCGUGGAGAAACCUGUUAACUGCCCUCUCAUAUUUGGAGAAUGGGAUGUAGUCUACUGUUCAAAUCCCACAUCACCAGGAGGUCUCUAUAGGAGCGCACUUGGCCGCCUUUUCUUCAAAACGAAAGAAAUGAUUCAGGUUCUUGAAGCCCCCAACAUUGUGAGAAACAGGGUCUGUUUCUCUAUUUUGGGAUUCAUUGAUGGAGAAGUUUCUUUGACAGGAAAAUUGAACGUCCUCGACGAAAAGUGGAUUGAAGUCAUCUUCAAGUCCCCAGAGAUUAAGAUAGGGGGGCUAGAAUUGGCAUAUGGUGGUGAGAGUGAAGUUAAAUUGGAGAUCUUAUACGUCGACGAGAAGAUGAGGCUGGGGAAGGGCUCCAGAGGUUCGUUAUUUGUUUUCCGGCGGAGAGAUAUUGUUUAAAUGUUCAUAUUCUGUAGUUACCUAGUGCAUGUACAUUAUGUUUGUUUGGGUACAUUAUCAAUUUUGAUAUUGCCAGAAGUCGAAUUCUUUUAUUUGUUAGGAGUGUUGUAAAACUAUUGAGAAAUCAAUUCAAUCAAAAACUUAAACUUGU